CAUUGUAUGCAUCAUCCAUAAAGACAUAUCCUGCUGACAUUCUCCCAUAUUAAGAGUGUUUAAGUAAAUAAACACGCACUAUACGCAAAGUGCAUAAUUGUUGACAGCUGAUAACUUGGAAACAGGAAGUGAACCCUCUCACUGAAAUCUUUCAUCUUUAGCAACACAUGCUAAAGUUCGGGAGCGUUUUUUGGUGAUUCGUGUGUGUGUGUGUAGCGGUGUUUAGUGACAGAAGUUGCUCUUUGUAUCAGCUGGUAAAUGUGCAGGUGGUACUGAAACAUCAGUAUAACGCAAGUAUGCCACACUUCAAAGUGAAGUUACAAAGCUUCAUGUGUUUGACUUGCAUGCCACUCAUGAAGGUAGACUGGACUUUGUACAUGUUCUGUAACUCUACAGACUGUCAGCACUGAUAAGCAGCAGCACUCAGUUGAAUCAUUUCCCACAAGCUGCACUGGACGAUUUAUAAACUAUUAAACUGUUCAAUUAUUAACACGUCAGAUGCACGAAAUAUAAAAGGAGGCUGCAUUUCCCAAGAAAUGGCUUCACUCUGUCCAGAUAUUCUCAGAAUCAUGGCGUCCAGCUCGUUGGGCAGAAGACUGGUGGCUUGUCUCCUCAACGUUUCGGAGGCUCGCAGGAAAGACCUGGUUGAGACUGUAGCCAAGGCGGCGUUAUACAACACUGAAGGCGUUAGACGAGAGGGGACCACAGUGCUGAACAUCUUCAACGACCGGGACUACAACCGCUCCGUCAUCACCAUCGUGUCCGGCAUCGACUCCAUCAGGGAGUGUGUUCUGUCUGCGUGUGAGAGAGCCUGCGGGCUGAUCGACAUGCGCGCUCACAUCGGGGUUCACCCGUGUAUGGGUGCUGUCGACCUCAUCCCCAUCUACCCGCUGGGGGAGGAGGUGGGAGUGGAGGAAUGUGCUAAAGAGGCUCGGGCUGUGGCUCGGGGACUCACAGAGCGCGUCCAGGGCACCAGCGCCUUCCUGUUUGGCUGGGCAGACUCCCCCCUUCAGAGGGGGCUGGCGCAGAGGAGGAAGGAGAUGGGCUGGUUCAAGAAGACUCCAGAUUUACAGGCGAUCAGGGCUGACAUGGGGCCACGGCCGCAGAUGCAGUUUGGUCUCACCGGUGUCGGUUCCAGUCCAUACGUCAUGAACUGUAACGUCACCAUCGACACCCAGGACAUCACCAUGGGACACAGCAUCGCCACAGCAAUCAGGGAGUCGACCCCGGGGGGAGUGCCUGGGGUGCAGGUACUGGCUUUGCCACAUGAGGGCGCUGUGGAAAUCGCCUGUAAUGUGGAAAGCGUGAAGGGGAGUCCAACUGUUUACACGACCACAAGUGAACCGUGGCCUUCUUUCAGCAUUGACGGCCAGCCGUACUGUCACGCUCCAGCUUCACUCAUCACGGCGAGGGUCGCAGAGCUGGCGGGGAAGCAGGGGGUCGGAGUAAAGGGCACUGCACUGGUGGGGUUUACCCCCCGCGAGUGCAGGGGCCUUGCAGAGUUAGCUAUUUCUCAGGGGAUCGCUGAGUUCUGGAAAGAUCAGCGCAGGAUCCGCAUGUAAAAAACAAUCCUCAUGCAAAGGAUCGUCAUCUGUGUGAUGUCACUUAAAGUAAGAUGGGAAUUGACUGUAUGUGAAAUUAAGCCCCGCCCCCCUCUGCUUACUUAGCCAACACUGCUCAGUUUUCUAUCUGAAGAUCAUUUUUGGUUUGAAUACUCUUUAGGUUGGACUAUUUUAAAGAUUUGAAUCACCUCAAUGGUUUGAUGGUCAGGAGGACCGGUGUGCACAGACAAGGAGUUCCUGUCCAAUGUUUCACUUCUUUAAAUAGUUUAACUGGUCGGUCUGUUAAACAAAGGAAACUGGGAGUAAAGAAUAUAAACUUAAAAUCCUGAGAA